CCGUGCUAACCCGGCAAGUUACACUUUAAGGCUAAAAUUACAGUGCGUGUUUGUAUAGCACGUCGUAAAUGUAGCGACAUGUUAAUUGUACAUCAUUUUUAUGUCUCGUUUAACUGUCAUUGUGGAUUUUCUGUUAUGAAACACUUAGUUGUCCCUGAGCGCUUCAGCUAAAGGUGGCUGUUAAACUUCACUCUUGAGUUCAACGAGGAAGAGAAUGUCACGUCUACUUGUUCUACUACUGUAUGUUUUUAUAGCGGCCGAAGUCUUGUCUUUUUCUGCUGCAUGUGAGAAUCCUCGCCCGGUCGCUUGGAGAAGCACUUAGGAAGAACAAAUGAAAAGUCUGGAGGAUUUUGGAACAAACACAGCUCCUCGGGUUUGACCUGGUUGAAGUUAUUUCCAGAGCUUAGUGACAGCUCCGUAGGACAUGAAACUGCACAAAGUACUGCUUUCUGGCUGUGUGAACUGUACCAUCAUGUACCAGUCCUUCGGUAGAAACAUUUAUUCAAAGCAUCGCAUUACUUUUGCGAGGGCAUUUUCCUCAAGACAGGAUGCGGCUCAGACCCCCAUCAUUUGGAGAACUGCCACAUUGCUCAGCUCACCAAUGUACACCGUGCCGCUCGGUAAUAGAAAACCGAUGUCACACGGUAGAAACUGCAUAGACAUUUGGACGAGGCAUCAACUGAGAAAACCUCUGUCUGCAUCCGUGAGUAAGGAUAAUCUGCUGCCAGGAGGUUCAGCAUGGCCUGGGUCUUUCAUGCGCAGUAAUGUAACUGAAGCCCCGAUCUCCAGUGUGCCUCCAACUUUUGUAGUGAUGAAGUUUGACCAAGAGGGGAACGUAACAACAUUUGAGAAGAAGAAAACAGAGCUUUACCAGGAGUUAAGUCUUCAUGCAAGAGACCUUCGCUUCCAGCACAGCAUCAGCCUCACCGCAAGAAACAACUGCAUUAUUCUAAGGAUGACGUCUCUGAAAGCCAUUGUAACCCCAGAGUCACUUUUAGUGUUGGACUUUCGUAGCCUAGGAUUGGAACGCUGGCUGGUCCUGGACCUGGCCCCUCAGCUGGCUUCACAGACAAACUCUCUGCCCUUUGAGUUCAGAGCACUGGAGGCCAUACUGCAGCACAAGGUCAACACUUUACAAACCAGACUGAAUGAACUGAAACCUAUCAUUUUGGAUUUGUUGGAAUCAUUGGUGGAUCCUAAAACCCAUUCUGCUGACAGAAGUAAACUUCACAUUCUUCUACAGAACAGUAAGAGUUUAUCAGAGCUGGAAACGGACAUAAAAGUUUUUAAGGAUUCUUUGCUGAAGAUCUUGGAUGAAGACGAGAUGAUUGAGGAGUUCUGUCUGACCAAGUGGACGGAUCCGAGAGUGUUUGAGGAGAGCAGUCUGGGCAUAGACCAUGUUGAGGAGAUGGAACUUCUGCUGGAUAAUUUCUAUAUGCAGACUGAGGAUCUGGGGAACAAGACCAGAGAGUUAAAGGAACUGAUAGAUGACUCUGAGAACAUAAUUUUUAUUAACCUGGACAGUCAUCGUAAUGGUAUGAUGCGUCUGAACCUGCAGCUGUCCAUGGGAACCUUCUCUUUAACCUUAUUUGGUCUGGUGGGAGUGGCCUUUGGAAUGAACCUGUCCUCAUGCUUUGAAGAGGACCCUCGUGUUUUCUGGCUGGUCACAGGCUUCAUGUUCUUAGGCAGUGGGUGGCUUUGGAGACGACUGCUGUCAUUUCUGGCGUGACAUCUGGAGCCAUUACUGUAAUAUGUCUACAGUUGGGUAAACACCAGAACACCAGACAUCAGGGGAAGGCAGACAAAGAUCCCUGUUAAUAACCACAGACCUCACACAGACGGCACAUUUAUCUUGAAUUUCCUUUAAGCGACGGAGACUUCUUCACUCCUGUAAAUGAAAUAAAGACUUCUUCACAUCUUCUUUACAAUA